GCCGCCCGCGCCCGCGCCGCCGCCAGUGGAGUGGCCUCCCCGCCGGUCUAGGGUGCUUCGGCUCCACCAAACAUGUCGGCUCCGGUCGGGCCCCGGGGCCGGUCGGCUCCCACCCCGGCGGCCUCUCUGCCGCCUCCGCAGCCCGAGAUGCCCGACCUCAGCCACCUCACGGAGGAGGAGAGGAAGAUCAUCCUGGCAGUCAUGGACCGGCAGAAGAAAGAAGAGGAGAAGGAGCAGUCUGUGCUCAAAAAAUUGCAUCAGCAGUUUGAAAUGUAUAAGGAACAGGUAAAAAAGAUGGGAGAAGAAUCACAGCAACAGCAAGAACAGAAGGGUGAUGCACCAACUUGUGGUAUCUGCCACAAAACAAAGUUUGCAGAUGGAUGUGGCCAUAACUGUUCAUAUUGCCAAACAAAGUUCUGUGCUCGUUGUGGAGGUCGUGUGUCAUUACGCUCAAACAAGGUUAUGUGGGUAUGUAAUUUGUGCCGAAAACAACAAGAAAUCCUCACUAAAUCAGGAGCAUGGUUUUAUAAUAGUGGGUCUAAUACACCACAGCAGUCUGAUCAAAAGAUUCUUCGAGGACAGAGAAAUGAGGAGGCACCUCAGGAGAAGAAAGCAAAGCUACAUGAGCAGGUCCAAUUCCAGGGACCCUCAGGCGAUUUACCUAUACCUGCAGUGGAGAAAAGUCGAUCUCCUGGGCUCACAAGACAGAAUUCUAUUAAGAAUGGGUCAGAAGUAAAGCACCAAAUUGCCAGUGACAUAGCUUCAGACAGGAAAAGAAGUCCUUCAGUGUCCAGAGAUCAGAAUAGAAGAUACGACCAAAGGGAAGAAAGAGAAGAAUAUUCACAGUAUGUUCCCUCAGACAGCACAAUGCCAAGAUCUCCAUCAGAUUAUGCUGAUAGACGAUCUCAACAUGAACCUCAGUUUUAUGAAGAAUCUGAUCAUUUAAAUUAUAGAGACUCCAACAGGAGAAGUCAUAGGCAUUCCAAAGAAUACAUUAUAGAUGAUGAGGAUGUGGAGAGCAGAGAUGAAUAUGAAAGACAAAGGAGAGAGGAGGAGUACCAAGCUCGCUACAGGAGUGAUCCAAAUCUGGCCCGGUAUCCAGUAAAGCCACAACCCUAUGAAGAACAAAUGCGGAUUCACGCUGAAGUGUCCCGAGCACGGCAUGAAAGAAGGCAUAGUGAUGUUUCUUUGGCAAAUGCUGAACUAGAAGAUUCCAGGAUUUCUCUAUUAAGAGUGGACCGAACAUCAAGGCAAAGAUCUACAUCUGAACGUAGAGCUGCGAUGGAAAAUCAACGAUCUUAUUCAAUGGAAAGAACUCGAGAGGCUCAGGGACAAAGUUCUUACCCACAAAGGACCACAAAUCAUAGUCCCCCUACCCCUCGGAGGAGUCCAAUACCCAUCGAUAGACCAGAUAUGAGACGAACCGACUCACUAAGGAAGCAACAUCACUUAGAUCCCAGCGCGGCAGUAAGGAAAACGAAACGUGAAAAAAUGGAAACGAUGUUAAGGAAUGAUUCUUUGAGUUCAGACCAGUCAGAAUCAGUGAGACCUCCACCACCAAAGCCUCAUAAAUCAAAGAAAGGGGGUAAAAUGCGCCAGGUUUCACUGAGCAGUUCAGAGGAGGAAUUGGCUUCCACACCUGAGUAUACAAGUUGUGAUGAUGUUGAGAUUGAAAGUGAGAGUGUAAGUGAAAAAGGGGACAGUCAAAAGGGAAAAAGAAAAACUAGUGAGCAGGCAGUUUUGUCGGAUUCUAACACCAGGUCUGAGAGACAAAAGAAAAUGAUGUACUUUGGUGGCCACUCUUUGGAAGAGGAUUUGGAAUGGUCUGAGCCUCAGAUUAAGGACUCUGGGGUAGAUACCUGUAGUAGCACAACCCUUAACGAGGAGCAUAGCCAUAGUGAUAAGCAUCCUGUAACUUGGCAGCCAUCUAAAGACGGAGAUCGCCUAAUUGGCCGUAUUUUAUUAAAUAAGCGCCUAAAAGAUGGGAGUGUGCCUCGGGAUUCAGGAGCAAUGCUUGGCUUAAAGGUUGUAGGAGGAAAAAUGACUGAAUCAGGUCGUCUCUGUGCAUUUAUUACCAAAGUAAAAAAAGGAAGUUUGGCUGAUACUGUAGGACAUCUUAGGCCAGGUGAUGAAGUGUUAGAAUGGAAUGGAAGGCUAUUGCAAGGAGCUACAUUUGAAGAAGUGUACAACAUCAUUCUAGAAUCCAAACCUGAGCCACAAGUUGAGCUUGUUGUUUCCAGGCCAAUUGGAGAUAUACCUAGAAUACCUGAUAGCACACAUGUACAAAUGGAGUCCAGUUCUAGCUCAUUUGAAUCUCAGAAAAUGGACCGUCCUUCUAUUUCCGUUACCUCUCCAGUGAGCCCUGGCAUGUUGAGAGAUGUUCCACAGUUCUUAUCUGGACAACUUUCAAUAAAAUUAUGGUUUGACAAGGUUGGUCACCAGUUAAUAGUUACAAUUUUGGGAGCAAAGGAUCUCCCUUCCAGGGAAGAUGGGAGGCCAAGGAAUCCUUAUGUUAAAAUUUACUUUCUACCUGACAGAAGUGAUAAAAACAAGAGACGAACAAAAACAGUAAAGAAAACAUUGGAACCCAAAUGGAACCAGACAUUCAUUUAUUCUCCAGUCCACCGGAGAGAAUUUCGGGAACGAAUGCUAGAAAUUACCCUUUGGGAUCAAGCUCGAGUUCGGGAGGAAGAAAGUGAAUUCUUAGGAGAGAUUUUAAUUGAAUUAGAAACAGCAUUAUUAGAUGAUGAGCCACAUUGGUACAAACUUCAAACCCAUGAUGUCUCUUCAUUGCCACUGCCCCACCCUUCCCCAUAUAUGCCACGAAGACAACUCCAUGGAGAGAGCCCGACCCGGAGGUUGCAAAGAUCAAAGAGAAUAAGCGAUAGUGAAGUCUCUGACUAUGAUUGUGAUGAUGGAAUUGGGGUCGUUUCAGAUUAUCGACACAAUGGUAGAGAUCUUCAGAGCUCAACAUUAUCAGUACCAGAACAAGUAAUGUCAUCAAACCAUUGUUCACCAUCAGGGUCUCCUCAUCGAGUAGAUGUUAUAGGAAGGACUAGAUCAUGGUCACCCAGUGUCCCUCCUCCACAAAGGAAUGUAGAAAAGGGUCUUCGAGGGACACGUACUACCAUGGGACAUUAUAAUACAAUUAGCCGAAUGGAUAGACAUCGUGUCAUGGAUGACCAUUAUUCUCCAGAUAGAGAAAGUCAUUUUCUUACUCUACCUCGCUCCAGAUACAGUCAGAACAUUGUGCAUCAUCACAGAGAUGGCAGGGAUUGUGAAGCAGCAGAUAGACAGCCAUAUCACAGAUCCAGAUCAACAGAACAACGGCCUCUCCUUGAGCGGACCACCACCCGCUCCAGAUCCACUGAACGUCCUGAUACAAACCUCAUGAGGUCGAUGCCUUCAUUAAUGACGGGAAGAUCUGCCCCUCCUUCACCUGCCUUAUCGAGGUCUCACCCUCGUACUGGAUCUGUGCAGACAAGCCCAUCAAGUACUCCAGUGGCAGGACGAAGGGGCCGACAGCUUCCACAGCUUCCACCAAAGGGAACAUUGGAAAGAAGUGCUAUGGAUAUAGAGGAGAGAAAUCGCCAAAUGAAAAUUAACAAAUACAAACAGGUAGCUGGAUCAGACCCCAGACUGGAACAAGAUUACCAUUCGAAGUAUCGAUCAGGAUGGGAUCCUCAUAGAGGGGCAGAUAAUAUUUCCACUAAAUCUUCGGACAGUGAUGUAAGUGAUAUAUCUGCGGUUUCAAGGACUAGUAGUGCUUCUCGUUUCAGCAGCACAAGCUACAUGUCUGUCCAGUCAGAACGGCCAAGAGGAAACAAGAAAAUCAGUGUCUUUACAUCUAAAAUGCAAAGCAGACAGAUGGGCAUGUCAGGGAAGAGCAUGACCAAAAGCACCAGCAUCAGUGGAGACAUGUGCUCACUGGAGAAGAAUGAUGGCAGCCAGUCUGACACUGCAGUGGGUGCCUUGGGCACUAGUGGCAAGAAGCGACGCUCUAGCAUUGGGGCCAAGAUGGUAGCUAUCGUUGGUCUAUCAAGGAAAAGUCGCAGUGCUUCUCAGCUCAGCCAAACGGAAGCAGGGGGUAAAAAACUACGGAGCACUGUGCAGAGAAGUACAGAAACAGGUCUGGCAGUGGAGAUGAGGAACUGGAUGACUCGACAGGCCAGCCGAGAAUCUACAGAUGGCAGCAUGAACAGCUAUAGCUCAGAAGGAAAUUUGAUUUUCCCUGGUGUCCGCUUGGCCUCUGACAGCCAGUUCAGCGAUUUCCUCGAUGGGCUGGGCCCUGCUCAGCUAGUGGGACGUCAGACUCUGGCCACUCCUGCAAUGGGUGACAUUCAGGUAGGAAUGAUGGACAAAAAGGGGCAGCUGGAGGUGGAAAUCAUUCGGGCCCGUGGCCUUGUUGUAAAACCAGGUUCCAAGACACUGCCAGCACCGUAUGUCAAGGUGUAUCUACUAGAUAAUGGAGUCUGCAUAGCCAAAAAGAAAACGAAAGUGGCACGGAAAACGCUGGAACCCCUUUACCAGCAGCUGUUAUCUUUUGAAGAGAGUCCCCAAGGAAAGGUUUUACAGAUUAUUGUCUGGGGAGAUUAUGGCCGAAUGGAUCACAAAUCCUUUAUGGGAGUGGCCCAGAUACUUUUAGAUGAACUGGAACUAUCCAAUAUGGUGAUUGGAUGGUUCAAACUAUUCCCCCCCUCCUCUCUAGUAGAUCCAACCUUGGCCCCUCUGACAAGAAGAGCUUCCCAAUCGUCUCUGGAAAGUUCCACUGGACCUUCUUACUCUCGUUCAUAGCAGCUGUAAAACUGUUGUCACAGCAACCAGCGUUACAAAAAAAAAAAUACAUAUAUAUCCACAGGUCGCAAACCCUGGUAACACUGCAUGCUUAAUGUUGUGUCUUCUGAGCCCAUUUCUAGGGAUACAAAGCGAUCCUGUGUUCUCAGAGGAAGUUGCACACAUUGUGCCCUAACGAAGGCCCUCAGGUGAAAGAGCAGAGCUAUGAAGAACUAUCAGGUUUGGAGUUCAUUGACACUCGAGUUUUGGUCCAAUCUGAAGCCAUGGAUUAAUCUCAAAGAAUCCCGUCAGUUUCAUGCAACAAAAGCCCUUUUCAAUGGCACCUUUAUAUUUUUAUCGUUUUUCUUCAUUUAUCUAACCCAAAGCCCUGUUAUGCCACAGAAAUGGAGCUCUACAGCCAUUAAGCCAUGUUACAGGCCAAGGAAUGAAGUCCUAAGAAUCAUCAGGUGAAAAGCAAGGUCAGGAACAAAGCAUCCGCCCCUAGACCAGGAUCCGGAGGGAGAGAGGCCAGCUGGGAAGCUCCAGCUGGCAUGUCAUUUACUGAUGCCAAGAUGUGUCGGACUCUGAAAAUGACAAUUCUGUGGCUACACUGUACUGAAUGAAAUUAAAGAAACUUUUGCAUGGACUCAGAUUAGCUGAAUACUUUAAAUUAUUUUCUUGGGGCUGCAACUUGCAAAAAAAAAUAAAUAAAAAUCAGCCAUUUUCAACAAUUUAUAUUAUUUUUAAAAGUAAAUUUCACUAGUGCAUGGUUUUAAAUGGGGGAGAGAAUGCAACAGGGUGAUACCAAGACACGCCAUGUUUAUUCUUUAACCACAGUCUGUGUUUUGGCAGACAUUACAGAUGAAAAUACUUUCUAGCAGAUACUUCAAAUUCUCUUUAUGUGACAACAGCAAGAUAAUGUAUUCACUUUCUUUCCAUGUGAAAACACAAAUCUUAUGACCUUCAAUAUGUGCAAAUUCUUCACAUCGUUCUUCCUCUUCUCUAUCUCACUUUUCCUCUUCUCCCUCUUUUGUUUAUUUUCUUCCUCCCAAUGAGAGUGAACCUUAUAUUAAAAAUGAUGAGUUUUUUAUCUGAUUUAAUCUUCUACCCCAUAUUUGAUUCAGGGCUGUAGGUGCAUCUAAAUUUAUGAAUUUCUCAAGGGAAUUAAAAUAUUUAAGAGCUUUCUUUAUUUCAAGCAUGUUGAAAGGACUUUGCAACAUGACUUGGGAGUACACUUAAGUAAGUCAGCAUGUAUUUGACAAAGAAGAUAUUUGAACUUUUGCAACUUAUUGUACAGUGCAUGGUAAUUUUUUUUUCACCUUCAAAAUUCAGUUUACAGGAAAAUCCUACAAUCAUGUGGCCAUUGUAAUGUCUGAUAAAUUUGUUUUCGGCACCAGCAUUAUUCAUACAGGGGUUCAAGUAUUAUUUGUAGGUAUUCUUAGGGGUUUUUGGUUUGUUUUCUAAUUCUUUAAAUGAUUUCUUUAGCCAGUUUCCAUUUACUGUGUGAAUAGACACACUGCUAAAAAUUUGGAGCCCAGACACCCAAGGCUGUUUAUUAAUUCAUUUUUCUGUAGUAAAAAUCAAAAUUUUCACAAGUUAUAUUUCUAAGGAAAUAUCAUAAACAUAAAUUUGCAACAGUUUUAAAGCUCCAAUUUUUAAGUGACUCAAAGAAAGUCAAUAUGCCUACUAACUAGUUCUCUGAUGCUGUCAUCAGAAGUCUACAUGCAAAUGCUCUGGAGUCAAAACCCCUGCCUUUGGUUCUACUGACUGACAGUUAUUACCAUUGGGUGGUGCUGCAAGGUCAAAUUUCUCUCAAGUUCCCAAUUUAGAGGAAAUGUCACUGGUCAAUGAAGUGAACCACCCUUCCCUUCUGGUUCUUAUGUCCUCUUUGACACACGUUCUUAAUAGAUUGGUUUGACUUUCUUGCAAUACUUUUUGAAGUUCACACACAUCACAUCUGUUUAAAUGAAGUCCAUGCACAAAUAUUAUUUUCUUUGUUUUUUAUUUAUUUUUUCUAAUUCAGUGCUAAUCAUUGAAAACUAUCAUGCUUGAUAUGGUGCAAAAGUUAAAAUGAGUAUCACUAAAAAUGCCUUCUCUUUAUGUGGUGCAAUAUGAAAUACAUUAGGACUGUGUCUUGACAGUCUGAGAUCUACGAUGGACCCAGGUAGAGUUUUGAAAAGAAUGAAUAAAACUUUAUUGAAAUAAUUUAGACACCUGUGUACCAGCAACAAUUGAUUUAAUAGACCUGUAGUGUCUAUACUACCCCUUAGAAUAAACGUUUACCAUUUUCCUGAUACUAACAGGCAGUCACAUAAUCUUUUAUGCAUAUUCCUAUACAAAUUAUUUCUAAUUUUAAUAAGAAGGAUAUGACUGUAUGGAAUAUUUGUACAUACUUGUCAUUAUGCAGUAUUUAUUUAAAGUUGGUGUUGUUUCUUUUUUUUUUUAAUUUUCACAUGUCUGCACCUCGACUUGUGGUUUAGUCAUGUAAAUAGCACUAUGCUAGUGACCAUUGCUGCCCUGUACAUAAUACAUUUUCAAGUAAAGGGAAUUCCAGUUGGGGGAAAAAAACACAAAAAAGGGCAGAUUAGUCCUGUAACAAACACCAACUAAUGUAAAUCAAAUUCAUUCUGGUGAUGGUAUUUAACACUUUAAAUAAAACAUUUUCUUUAC